GUCAAACAGAGAGUGUCAGAUCGAUCAGCACCACAGGAACCAGUGCCAGUACUGCCGCCUGAAGAAGUGUUUCCGCGUUGGCAUGCGCAAAGAAGCAGUUCAGCGCGGUCGCAUCCCACCUCAGCCAAGCCUCAGUCCUUCCAUGACACCCAUAGGUGGUGCCAGCGGCCUGGGAGGUGGCGAGUUUUACAACAACAACAACGGAGGAGGAGUGGGUGGAGGUCAGCCCGUGUCUGAGCUCAUUUCCCAGCUGCUGCGAGCCGAGCCGUAUCCCAGCAGUCGAUAUGGACAUCAGUACAACCAGCAGACCGGUCCAGAGAACUCCAUGGGCAUAGAUAAUAUCUGUGAACUGGCUGCUCGUCUGCUCUUCAGCACAGUGGAGUGGGCCAGAAACAUUCCUUAUUUCCCUGAGCUGCCUGUGUCGGACCAGGUGGCGCUGCUGAGGCUAAGCUGGAGUGAGCUUUUCAUCCUCAACGCAGCACAGUCGGCCCUGCCGCUCCACAUGGCACCCCUGCUGGCUGCAGCUGGCUUUCACUCGUCGCCGAUGUCGGCCGAGCGCGUGGUGUCCUUCAUGGACCAGGUGAGGAUGUUCCAGGACCAGGUGGACAAGCUGACAAGGCUGCAGGUGGACUCAGCUGAGUACAGCUGCCUCAAGGCCAUCGCGCUCUUCUCACCAGAUGCCUGCGGUCUGACAGACCCAGUUCAUGUGGAGUCUCUGCAGGAGAAGGCUCAGGUGGCGCUGACGGAGUAUGAGAGGAUGCAGUAUCCGAGUCAGCCUCAGCGCUUUGGCCGCCUGCUCCUGCGCCUGCCUGCCCUGCGUGCCGUCCCUGCCAACCUCAUCUCCCAGCUCUUUUUUAUGCGCCUGGUCGGAAAGACCCCCAUUGAGACGUUGAUCCGUGACAUGCAACUCUCCGGAAGCUCCAUCAGCUGGCCGUAUGUCCCGGGACAGUAGCUCCACGCUGGACAAGUUCUCCGUCUGGCAUUAGCAACGCCAAGACCCUGCAGGAAACCUGACUCAUCACUACCCAUCUGUGUGGUCGUCACAAUGCAGUGCCAGACUGUCAUACAUGCUGUGCUGUAACCGCUUCAUUCCCCCUCAUGAAACAGGCCCCUGGUCCCCAC